AGUUUUUCAUACUAUGUAAUUUUAAUCAAAACUCUUAAAUUAUGUAAAAACAGUGUAGUCAAUUAUGACCGUUACCCAAUAACCCAUGACUUUCCCCUGCCUAGCUAUUAUAAUGGCGAAUACAUUAUUUUUCAUGCUUUCCUCUAGAUAUCACACACGUGUGCUAUAUAAUACACUAAUUUCUUUUCUUUUUACUUUUUUCUACGUGGAACUAUAUUAAUGCGUCUAUGUAAAUACUUAUCCUGAUUCGCAUCUCAUAGGAUUCCUCCUCUGUCCCACAAGCUACAAAUACUAGGCCUUGGUUUUAAAUUGCCUUAGUAAAUUUCUAGCCGUUGGAACCAAAAAUUAGACAGCACUGAACUGUGUCUCUUCUUCUUCUUCUUCUUUUCUCGAAAGAGUCGAUCUUCACUUUCGUCCAAUCUUGUUGGCAUAUUUACACUAAGAAAGGGCAUUUUCAUAACUGAAUCAAUCUACCCCAGUUUAAAUUUUGAAAGCUAUAUUUGGGAUUCACGGCCAAGAAAAUGAAGGGCGUGAAAGGAAAAUUGCUCAAGAAAAUCAAAUCGAUCAAACCCGUUGGCUAUCUUAAGUUCCAAGAUCGAAUUCUUCAGGUGAGUUUCUCAAAUGGGUUUGUAGAUUCUUCUCCCAAUAAUGACAAUAUUCAAGCUCCGAGAAAGUGUAGUUUCGAAGGAACAGAGGUGAAGAAAAUCAACCGGAGUUGCGUGACAGUGCAAGAACCAGAUGUUAUCGAUGUGGAAGAGCUGAUGAAAGACCUUGAAGAUGAUGAAGAUAUGGGUGAAGACUUAGACAACAAGGAGAACAUUGGUCCGAAUAUGGCUAAGAAGAACUCGUUUUAUCUCAAGCCCAAUCCAGAGAUUUCUAUGAGAGCUGACCAAGGAUUAAGUGAGAACAGGGUUUUGAAAGAUUCAGAACUAUCGACACCAGAACGUAAAUCAACCCCAUUAUCAGAGAUCGACAUCUCGUCUUUCCGGCGGCCUGAUUUGAACUCGCUUAGCCUAUUUGAUCCGAGACUGCUCGAUGCAUUUCAUCAAGCAGUUUUGGAACAUAUCAGAAUGAGUGAAGCAGAGAGAAAAAACAGAGCAGAGGAAAAUACCAAAGAGGAAGAAGAAGAAGAACAGGAGCCACCUUCGAAAGCUCCACGGAUCGAAAAAGAUGGUAAUGAUGAUGAUGAUGAUGAUGAUUAUGACCCUUUAGAAGAAUUCGAAGAGAAAUGUCCUCCGGGUGGUUCAGACUCAGUAAUCCUCUACACAACAACACUGAGAGGGAUUCGAAAGACUUUCGAAGGCUGCAGCAGCAUCCGCUUUCUUCUCGAGAGCUUUCGGGUACUGUAUUUCGAAAGAGAUGUUUCGAUGCACUUAGAAUUUAGGGAAGAGUUGAGAAUGAUGUUGGAUGGAAAAGCAGUUCCUCCUAAGCUUUUCAUAAGAGGGAGAUACAUUGGUGGAGCAGAGGAGGUGUUGGGGCUACAUGAGCAAGGAAAGCUUAGGCCACUCUUUAAAACUGUCCCUAUUGAUAAGAGUGAUGGUCCUUGUGAAGGGUGUGGAGGAAUAAGGUUUGUGCUUUGCUUCAAUUGCAAUGGCAGUCAUAAGGUCAUUGCUGAAGAUGAUGAUGUUUGUCAGUACCAUGUGUGUCCCAACUGUAAUGAGAAUGGAUUGAUUAUAUGCCCUCUUUGUUGCUGAAACACUUUUUUUUUUUUAAUUGUGUAUCCAUGAUUUUUUUCAUUCAUAUUCUUUUUGUGCUGGUUGGAGUACAAUUUGUGGGGGAUUAUUUGGCCAUAUAAAUAUAUACUUGUUUCUUUUGUGGAUUGAAGUCAGCUUCUUCCUUAUUCAAUAUGUAAAAUUCAAAGUAAGAAAUAAAUGGAAGAUUCCUAUUAUUUUUUCAUGACUGAAAA